CUCUCCGUAUUGCCCUGAUUAAUGCUAGAUCGCUAGCAAACAAGACUUUCUUGUUAAAAGACUUUUUCACCUCUCGUGAUCUGGAUUUUCUGCUCCUGACGGAGACUUGGCUUCAGGCUGGUCCAGAGAGUGGAUGCUGCCUUCACGUCCUCCUGGUCUCCAUCCUCCCAUUUCAGCUGAGCGUCAGCUCCUUGUUUGUGCAAGUUGAUAGUGUGUGCAUGUGUGUAAAUACACUCUAGACCUAUAUAUGUGAGUGUGUUGCUUUAGGGCAGUGUAUGUGAGUGUGUGAGUGUGUGUGUGUGUGUGUGUGUGUGUGUGUCUGUGUCAGUGCCCCCCAGCCCACCAUGUCCCCAUAUCCCUCAACGCUCCAGCUGUGUCCAUCAGUGUGUCUUCAUCUCCUCUGCCUGCUGCUGCUGCUCCUCACUGCGUCCUCCUCCUCAGUACCUAAAAAGGACCCAGGCAUGGCUGAGCCCUUAACCCAUUUCAACAAGACACAAGGUAACUGCACCCCUCCAUGUGAUAACAAUGCUGUCAGUGAAAAUGCAACAGAUCUAAAUCUGAAAACAGCUCCCGCAGAAGGACCACAGCAGGACCAAUUCUCCUCCAACUUGUCUUCAUCCAUCAACCACACUUCUGUCAGCCACAAAUUAAAUGAGCCUAUAGUAUCCUCAACCUCACUCAACCAAACCGAAGGAGGAAACCAUUCAUCCACAACCCCACCAUCCAAUCAGCAGCUGGCACUACCAGACAAUCAGAGUCCAUCACCAGAGGCAGUCACUCAGCCUGCAGCUCCUCCUCCUCCUACCACCACAGGCUCAGCCACACUGACUGAUCAUACUGGAUCCAGCACCAGCAAUGGUACAACUACAACUACAUCUACAACUGCAGAACCUGUUACGAAUGUAUACACAACCACUGUGCUGGUGACUUCUACAGCCGCAACAACACCAGCAUCUACUACAAUAAUGGCAACAUCGACAACAAAAACCGCAACAUCCACAACAACAGUGACACCAACAUCUACAGCAGCAGCAGCAGCAGCACCACCACCACCACCACCACACCCUGCAACAACUGUAACAGCAACAACCACGCUUACAAGAGCUACCACAACCGUUACUAUUACUACAACCACAGGUACAAAGAUGACACUGCCACCAGCUGUCACAACACAGCCAAAUGCCCCAACUACUCACAAGCCACUAUUUCAGACCUCUUUACCCAGAGGGCCUGUUACCAGCACCAGUGCUCCCGCCAAUCCCAACCAGCCGGUCACCUUGGGAACGCGAGAUGGCAUGGUAGAUGUAGCUGGAGCCGCUCUAACCAGGCAGCUGGUGGAUACAGCGUCUUUACUGGCCGUCCUGCUCUUCGGCCUGCUCUUCUUCCUGGUCACGGUGGCUGUGUUUGUGACACAGGCCUACGAGAGCUAUAGGCGGAAGGACUACACCCAGGUGGACUACUUGAUCAAUGGCAUGUACACAGACUCUGGGGUGUGAGGGAGGAAGCACAUCGCAUGGAGAUUGUUUGUGCGCUUGGAGUCAGAGGCUGUAGAACAGAAGAUGGUGUGGAGGGUAAGACACUAGUGCAGUGAAUUCACAAGGUGAUUCAUCACCACUAUUAGACAGUUCAGAGAGAAGUAGGAAAGGACUAAACUGACCAGCAGUUCACUGAACUGACCCUACAGCAGUCACUGAUCUGUUUCUAUCAUAACUUUUCCACUUAACGCUUUGUUUCUUCCUGCUUCUCUUUCUUUUGGAUGGUUUGAAUGUGGAGAGUUUGGCUUGUCCCAGUUUUGCCGAAUUUUGAGCAACAGAAAUCAAGGUUACUUUGGUGUAACUCAGUUCUGUGUGUACGUGCAAAGCCCUCUAAUGGACUUUGCUAACGUCCCAUGCCAGAAUCAUGUCAGUCCAGCUGUACUUGGUUCCAGGGUGGCUGGACCAAUCAGAAUGCUUCCAAGGUGAUAAAAAGCUCAACAGAUGAUUUUUUUUUCAAUGCCUGACUUAAAAAAAAAGGUGUCAUAAUGUUUGAAUUAUUGUACUUUUGCAGAUGAAUGUAGUCACACAGAAGUUUAAUGCUCAUUAAGGACUAGGGCUGACACUUUUUCAUUCAUUCAAGUUAAUUUAUAGCAUGAUGCAUUUUAUAAUAAAAUGCAAAAAUGUAAUAAAAUGAAAAAAAAGUGACAGCCCUAUAAAGGACCAAAGCAUUUUUGUGAAUAUUAUGUUGGAGAUUAGACUAGCCAUUUUCCAGUGAUGGACUGAAUGACUUAUCCCACAGCCACAAAUAGAAAAAACAGAGAAGUGGGAACCCAUUGAUAAGAAAUUUCUCAGUCAGCCUAGACUGGCUGAUUGACUGUUUGACUAACAGGCUCUUCAUUUAGCACGUCCCAAACACAUCACAUUGGAAAUGAACAAAGAUGCGUAUCAUGAAAAAUUCCCAUAUAUGUGCAACAUAACACAUCACUAGGGCUGAGUGUUUAUUUAGUAUAUUUGAGAAUUUACUCUGAAACAAAUGGGCUUCUUUUAAUUUUGUUUUGCACUAUUGAAUAUUUUAUAUAUAUAUAUAUAUAUAUAUAUAUAUAUAUAUAUAUAUUUAGAUGUGUUGACAUUUCUACCCAUCAGAUAUUUUCACUACCAGCACAAAGUAACGGUUGCAGUGAUUGAUUGUUUCAGUUGUUGAUGUCAGUAGUUGAGAUGACAUAAACUCUGUCAUUUUGCUUUAGUUUUAGUCAGAAUUUGGGGAGUUCAGGGCUCAGAGUCACAGGUUUACCUUUUUCAAUGUAAGUUUGUUCUAGUUUAUUAUAACUUGAGACUCACUGUUACAGUUUUGGCCAUCAUAUCUUUCAGACACAAGCCCCUUAAACACUGCCUGUUCAAGGCUGGAAUGUCACACUGCUAGUCUGCCUCAACGUUCUUUACAAAAAGUAUGACUGUGGAAUACGGGGCAAGAGUUAUCUCACCUUUAAGCCAGCAGUGGAAGUUGUAACGGCGCUGGACAGCCAGCAGGAUAAGACCAUGAAUGUGACGGGUGUGACGUUUGGACAAGUUGUUAGUGUGUAACCGACUGCAUGAGAUUUCAAAAGUAGAUGGUAGCAGUUAGCAGCUAACCCAAAGAAGAAGCAGCCGAAUAUGUUCUCUUUUGCUUCCAUGAUGCUGGUGUGCUGUUUAAAAUUACACACUGUAGCGGCAAAAUGUUGCUAUUGUUUCGCUCUGUGUAAAAAUACAAAGGAGGCAUAUAGAAGGGACUUCAAGGUGGCCCUAUAAUGCCAUAUCUGUGUAAAAAGAACUAUAGAAACAUUGUACUCAAAGUAAAUUACUGAGACCUGGAAACACGGCAUCUCAACACCCCUGAAAAUCUUCCUUUGCUGACCUGCAGUGGUGUAGUAGUGUACUUCAGUGUGUGUCAGGAGGACACUGUGACAUCACUGUUUCCUGUGGUUACACAGCAAAUACAUGGGGUCAGAUGAUCAGACAGGUUGGUUUUUGUUUUUCAUAUGGAUGAGAGAUUAUAAGCAGAGUCUUAAUUUCUGCCCCAGCUUCACCAACAUCCAAGGUGCACAGAGAGGGAAAAGGUCUCCAAGAACAUUUGUAGUAUAAACAACAACUUUAUUGUGACACCAACCCAUUUGGGCUUGUGGCUUUCAAAUAAGAGAUUAGUACCAACAUUUCAGGUGCACUCACUUUGAGUUGACCUCUAAAUGUAGGGGUUUAGAUCAUCUGUUAGUUUUACAAUCUACAAUUGCUUUGAUAGGUAAAGUGUGUUUGUAACUGAUAGAAAAGAUGGCCAAAACUACAAACAGUAAGAUUCAAGUUGUAAUACAUGUAUUACAGUUGAAUAAUCCUUUGAAUGUAGCUGCCAAUGAAAUACCAGUCCCUUCAGUAGCAGUAGUGUGCCACGAAAAAGAUGUGACCUGCGUGACUCCACAGCACAGAGAGCUGGACUUGAACCAGCUUCGUCCACACUUAAAUUAAAAGUAAAUAACUAUGUGGAAAAACUUCACAUGAUUCCACAGAGGUAGAGGAGUUUUCUAUGAAAGACAUCAGGAUUUAACACAGGUACUCCUGCCAGCUGAAUGCAGUGGAAGAUGUAUUUCCAUCGCUCUGCAUUAAGUUUCUCCAGAUGUGGCCUGGUGUGUCAGGGCCAAAGUAUAUACUGUGUGGUGUCUGGUUUAGUCGGUAGGCCAGAGAGAGACCACAGAGUCAUCUCAGUCAAAUCAUCAAGUUGGAGAUUUUUUUCAUUGUCUUGUCAGUGUGUUGACGCUGGCUUAGUGUUUUCUGUGUGUGCAUGUUACGAGCAGCAGAGGUGUGUUUAUUUGGAUGGCAGCUGCUUUGCUUAGUGAUGGUGUUUAAAAAAAAAAAAAGACAUUCAGGCAGACACAUUAAAACAAACUGCUUUGUUUAGUUAACACUGAGAAUGAAUCAAAUCAUCCUCGGUUAAAUUAAUUCCACUUUUUUCAUAAACUUGAUCAGUGAUUUCAAAGUUUUGACACAAGGCAGAACAGCUGUAAGGUCUUCUAUCUGCCCAUUACAAAGGCAGCUGUGCAUACCCACCCUCGUUAUGUGGUUGCACACACUAAACAUUGUAGCUUGGAUUGGCGACUUGUGGAAAUAGUCAUACAUCACUUUUUCACUGUAGCUUUCUGUAGAAAACAUUACAGUAUAUUCCAAAUGGCAAGGAAAGGUCUAGAGAUAACUAAGGAGAGGACUGUUGUUAAGACAACAGUAAACCUUUGUGUAACCAUGUGAAAUAUGAUUUGCAGUGGUAUGUGGAGCCCCCUUUAUGUGGCAUUUCUUUAUUGUUGUUUUGGUUUGUUUUAAACAUCUCUUCAUUUUACUACACAUUCGGACACAUUCAGACAUUUUGGGAAAUGAGUUUCCUGUAAAACCCACAGUCAUAGUAUGUGCAGGGUUUCUGCAGUUCCCUCAAAAUUCUUAAAGGCAUUAUAUUUGUGAAUCUAAAAUUAAGGCCUUCUUUAAAGCAUCCCUUUAUUUCAUUGCUUUAAAGAAACAAUCAGACUUUUGGGAAAUCAGUUUCCUGUAAAAACCCACAGUUACAGUACAUGCAGGGUUCCCACAGGGCUUCCUUACAAAGUCUUAAUGCCAUUGAAUUCAUGAAUCCAUAAAUAAGGCCUUAACUGAUAUGAAAAUGUCUUAAAUCAACCCUUUUAGGGUCUUAAAAAUGCUAAGUCAUGGAAAGUAGGAUGUUGAAAAUACUUUUUUCCAACGAUAUUUUUUCGUAGGCCGACAUGAAAAUUAAUAUCAUCCUGGUUCCCCUGCCAAAAAGCCUAUGGGAUUUUUUCAUUGGAUUUUGGAUAAUUGCAGAAAAUAAUCUUUGUAGUAAACAAAUGUUUAUGAUACUUACAUGCUUUGUUCGGCAAGAUACUCUUCACAAAUGAACACCGCUUUUAUGAUAAUUAAAGCCUAAAUGCAAUUGCUGAAAGUAAAAAGCUAAUAUUAGGUUAUGAAAAAAUUACACCAUGGUCACAUGACUAAACGUCACCAACACAACGAGGCUGUAAAGCCAUGUUCUGUGUGGUGACGUUCUGCAGUGUCAUUUAGCCACUUGUUAGCAACCACCUUUUUUAAGACACAUAAAAGCCUCAAAAUUCCUGAGUGGGGUAUUUGCUGAUGUAUUUGAUGUCGUAGAACAAAACGUGAAAGUCUCUUCAGCUUGCGUUAAUCAUAGACCUUAUUUCUGGCAUCUAACCAAAACCCCAUUCAAAAAACCCAUUGACUUCAAGAAGAGGGGGCCAGGAGUGCUAAAAUCCAAAGUCAUUUAUGGAUUGUAGGACUCAAUCCUGGGGCUCUCUGUUUACUGAAUGCCCCUUGCAUCCAGACAUGAGAAAAAGCUAUGAAGUUCAACAUCAUCGUACUCUUAAAAUAGACAAAAUGAGAAGAGAUUAAUUGGGGUGCCCUGGUGGAUUAGGGGUUUAAAUUACUGUGCAUGAACCACGACGUCCGCUGCUUUAAGUACAGCUGGGGACACUUGCCCCAGCUGUUGCCAUUCCGUUUUUCUUUCUCAUUUCUCGUCAUUGCUCUGCUGUCAACACUCUAUUGUACAGGUUUAAGGAAAAUCUUAAAACCUUACAUGGUUUAGCCAAUGACAGCUUCACAGUGUCGAACAGGUAAACAUUUUUUCAUGUUUUAAGACACAGCUGUAUUAAUAGCAUAGCUUAGCAUAAAGACUGAAAAUGGGCAAUUGCUAGCAUUUCUCUUGUGAUGGAGUUAGGCUAGCACUUUUCAAGCUAAAUACAUCCAGGGCCUCACUCUUAAUGGAGAUACGGUAUCUGAUACGGUAUCAUCCAGAUCCAACUGAGGUUAGCAGCACAUAAGCCUAUUUCCCAUACAUUUCUUUGUGUUUCAAAGUCUUAUGAUUUCAGUUUAGUUCCACAAACUUUCAUCAAUGCCGAUGACAUUUAAGCUGUUUUUCAGUGUUUAAUUUUUUUGCACACUCAUCCUGCAGUGAGUCAUGGGAACAGGGCCAUACUAGAUUGCUUAUUUCAAUAUAAUGUAUAAUUUUUGCUAAUGGUGAAUAUAUUUUUAAAUGCUAAACUAUUUUGAGUAUAUUGAGGUGUGUGUUUUCUGUUUUGUUUUUGGAUGAUGUUUUGUCCAUAAUUCCUAAACAGAUUCUUCAUAUAGCUUAAUAUGUACCUCACUGUACAUUUUCUCCUGUUUUUGUCGGUAUGUUUUAGACAUCACUGAUGAACAUGGACCUUAAGCCAUUCAUCCACUUGUUUUGAAUGCAUUUUGGAGGUGCAUCAUUCCUGGAAACAUCACAUUCAGCAAAAAAAACCAACUACAAAUUAUGACUUCCAUAUAAUAUUUUGUGACUUAGCUUACUUAUAAUUAUCCUAGGUGUUAUCAAAAUUAUGAGUGAUAUACUGCAGCUCAUGAAAUAGAUUACUAUAAGAAUCUCACAAAUAUGAGUCAGUUCAGUACUAUGGAAGUUAUAUAAAAGUUAAUGCACAGAAAAUUGUCUAAAAGUUUGAAUACAUUUGACAGAGUGAUGAACAAAUGCUCAGCGGCAUCUGUUACAGUUCUGAACAAUAUGUGAUGAUGAUGAUGAAUAUGGACAGACGAGUCCUUAAAUUGUUCUUAAUGGUUUUACGAUGUAAACAAAAACAGUAUCCUCUACAGACUGACUUACUUUUGCCUUUUCUCUUUUCUUGAGCAGUCUUAUUAGUUUUCUUUUCCUGGGGGGUUCAUGGUUGAUGAACAAUCACCAAAUAAUCACUGAAGCACAUUAUUGUAUGAUAAAGCCAAGGGGAACAUAAAGCCAUUAUCAAUAUGUGACUGAUUGACUGAAGGAUGACAUGACAGUGUAUGCUACAACAUGAAAGGAAGAUUAAUGGGUGGAUCUAAAGCUCACACAGCAGAGGUUGUUUUCAAGUUAAAUAAAGUUUGUGCUGCUGAGUGUUUCUGUAGUAUAUUAAAUGUAUUAGGUUUUGACACUAAUUGUUUUUGUAUUGGACCUGCUAAUUUUGUGUAAAAUUUCCAUGUCUUUAAAGUUGGUUUCAUGCCAUAACUGAUUUUUUUUUUUAUUUUUUUUUGAAAGGAAAAAAAAUCUCUGAAAUAUAAUCUGAAAGAUGUCUGGUUUUAGAAAUGCAGGGAGUGUUCAAAUUUGUUUACAAGAGAUGAGAUCGGUACGAGAGCAAAGACCUGCUUUAUUUGCAAUCAUGGUUUUCAUCACUGUAUUUUCCUAUGAUGUUUGGCCUGUUAUCUCAGGAUUAAUAUCUAGAAUCCAAUAUCUUGAGAAAACCAACUUUUUUUUUUUCAAAUGAAAAUUUGCUGUAUUCCAAUGUCUCAAGAAAACAAGACUUGCAUCCUGAGAAAAUUAAACACAAACACCGAGAAAACGAUAUCUCUUAUUUAAAAAGUUUAAAAUUUGACAUUUAUUCCUUUAUGUCAUGUUUAUGCCUGUUUUUUGUUUGUUUUGUCAGUUAUCUCGAAAAAUGAGCUACAGAGGCGUAGAGCUGCCAUGCCAAAAAAAAAAAAAAAAAAAAAAAAAGGUCAGGUGAUAAUUUUACAAGAAGAUUAUCUUGUUAUGUAAAUAUCUUUUUUUAAAAACUGAUCAGCAUCAGUUUUUUCUGGUGUGGCAUCACUAUGCUUUUGUAAAUACCCUUUAGUUUCUCUUUUCCUGUUAUCAUGAGAAAACAAGAACAUCUGUUGUGUUAUCUUCAGAUAGAAUAUUUUCAGACAAAGUAACUUGUUAUUAAAAACAUUGAGAUCAUUAACUAAUGAUCUGAAGGUAGGAGUUAGGAAAAAAAUGAUUGGGCCGCUCUCUGCUUCCUUACAUAUGUGUAAUUAUUUCAGUUUUAUUUUCCGAUGAUCACAGACUAAAUUUUACAAUCUCAGCAUGACAAAUUUUGUUUUCUCAUCAUCACAAAGUGAUUAUUUCAUGAUGUCAGCAUAACACAAACCACAUUCAAAUCAUUCGAUAAAAAUGUUUGAGAUUCAGACAUGAGGUAAUCACUGCCUUGUCUGGUAUGUAGAGAUGAUUACCGUAGUGCACUGUCAUGCAUUGUUCACUAAUGAUCACAAGACACUGUUUGGGUUAACCUGGGAUCCCAAAAAAGCAUUCAGCGAUCAUCGGAAACAAAUUGUAAGGCUUCUCUGUAAGACUGACUUGAGGUCUGGUCUGAUGAACAAAAUUGCUCUCGUGACAAUUAGAAUGUAGAACAUACUGAUGAUGUCACUGUGUCCAGUAUGUCAGUGAAGCUUUGUUAAGAUUUGAUGGUUUUGUGACUGUAAUUUAGAGUGUCUUAUGUCAGUAGUUCUAAAGUCAGCAGUUCAAGGUCCUGGAAACAUCACUGGUAGAUUUGUGUUCAGGGUGGAUUUGUGUUUGCAGUAACUAAUGUGCAGAAUGUCAAGAAAUGACAUGCCAUGUGCCAACUCAACAUUGUACCAAUGCACUUUAAAGAGAUAUUUUUACUUGCAGAGAAUAAAUAAUAAAAAAGAACCAAAUUGAU